AAUUGAAAAGCUAGAGCUGAAACUGAAAGCAAGACGCGUUGGAAACGCAGUAUCUUUAGCAUGUCGGUCGUACUCUCUUGAUUUUGUUUCUACGACAGUUACGAUUUUAUUUCAGUUGGAUGUUGUAAAUAUAGAGAAUAUGGAUCCUCUUAAGUUUCACAAGAUUGAUGAGAACCUGACAUGUAAUGAAGUGGCCCAGCUGAAGUUUCUGUGCAUGGACCUAAUUCCCAAGAAACGUUUGGAGACAGUGACUGAUGCCAAAGAACUGUUCCUGAGACUGGAAGAGCAAGCACUGCUUGAUGACGGGUUACUCAUCCCCGAGCUUCUGAUCACUAUUGGCCGCCUUGACUUGCUUGGCAUCCUGGAAAUGUCCAAAGAUGAUGUGGAAAGAAAUCUGCUACAACGUGACAUGUCUAGUAAAGGUGUCUCAGACUACAGAAAAAUGCUAUUUAGAAUAUCUGAGGGCAUGACAGAAGAAAACCUUCGUGCAGUGAAAUUUCUUGUGGAAGUUCCGAGGUCAAAACUAGGAACGUCUGCUACAUUUCUAGAUGUUAUGAUUGAGAUGGAAAAGCUACAGAAGCUUGGGGAAGACAACCUGGAUGAACUUUACAAUGUUUUAGACAAAUGUGACAAACAGCUGGCCUGCAGGAUAGAGGAGUACAGGGCCCGGGAACAAGGAGGCAGACUUCCUCUACGGGAAGUGUUUGGUAACGAGCAAGUUUCCUUACCUGUUGAAAAUAUGCAAAGAUAUCAAAUGGAGACAGGAAAUGGAUGGAGGAGAGACUCGCUUGUUCCCGAUUCAGACACUGAACCCAGACCGGGGGAAUAUUAUAAUAUGACUCAGCGGCCUCUUGGAUAUUGUCUAAUCAUCAACAACUACAACUUUAAAGAAAGGUCCUCAUUGGCCAACCGAACAGGAACGAAUAAGGACAAAGAUGACCUUAGCAGAGUGUUUUGCAGAAUGCAUUUUAAGGUUGAGGUUCAGGACGAUUUGACAGCUUCAGAUAUGAAGGAAAUGAUAAAGCAAUUUGCAAAAAAGGAUCAUACCCAAAUGGGUGCUUUUGUCUGCUGUGUCCUCUCGCAUGGAGAGAAGGGCAUAGUUUUGGGUGUGGAUGGUAAAGAGGUUGAAAUCCGUGAACUCACAAUGCCUAUUGCUGAAUGCCGUACACUAGCAUCCAAGCCCAAGCUUUUCUUCAUUCAAGCCUGCCAAGGAAGUGAGGGCCAGAAUGGUGUUUGGACAGCGGAUUCACCGGAAAAUGCUACAGAAGGAGAAGAAUACGAGGCAGAUGCUUAUAAUCCGGCAUCCCGCUUUAUUCCUAUAGAAGCGGAUAUGCUAAUCGGAAUGGCCACAGUAGAGCACUACCAGUCCUUCCGCCACACUAGAGAGGGGUCUAUCUAUAUCCAGGAGCUCUGUAAUCAGUUGGAGAUAUUAUGCCCCAGAAGAGAGGAUAUCUUGUCAAUCUUGACAAAGGUAAACCAUGAAGUGAGCAUGAAAAUGUUGAGGGGCCGCAAGCAGAUGCCUGAACCUCGAUAUACCCUCACCAAGAAGCUGGUGCUGCCCAUGGACUAAAGAUUCUUAUUGACUUCUGUAAGACUGGAUUCAUGCUAAAGAAGUUUCCAUUAUUCCAUUACUCAGACUCUAUUAAUUCUUCAGGGUGGAUCAAGGCACUUUGGUACUAUAGAUUCAAAUUGAUCUGGCUGUCUCUGUGAGUUUGAUCUUAAUUAUUAAGUUUACUGCACUGAGUUACGGAAAUGUGGUUGUGUGAUCUUGUUUAAACAAUGUAAUUUAAAAGUAAUAAAACAUUUAUAUUUGAUACUGGGCACAGCUAUUUUUAAACUAAUGUUAAGCAUGAUGAUUUUAUACCAGCAGUCUAAAUGAUUUAGUUUUGAAUGCUGUUUGCAAAUGCUUAUUUUUGCCAUUAAUGUCUUCCUUGGCAAUCUAAAAUGUGUUGAGAUUUUUAACUCUUUAAAGACUUAGCAAUUGUAAGAAAUCAUUGAUGUCUAGAAAUGAGUGAAAUUAAACAUCAAAC